AUGUCCUACGUCUGCACUAAAAACACAAUCGCUCUGCUGGACUUCCCGUCUUGCGUGAUCGGUGAAGGCGCAGACCUCAGCAGCGACGCUCUCCUGGCCUGCAUCGGGGCCGCUGCUGGGGGCGCUCUAGACGCUCAGGAUGGGAAAUCUUUUGACGCCGGCAGCAGCAACUUAUUAAGCAUAGAUGCCCACUCACUAUCCUCACCCUCUCCAUCACCAUCUACAAGCAACAAUAACAAUAAUAAUAAUAACAAUAACAACAACGGUAACAACAGUUCAACAGCUGGUAUCAACAACGCCGAGACGAGUGCUGCGUGUUGCUGGCGAAAUAUGUUCUCUUGUAUCAACUUGUUGCGCGUGUUGAACAAGCUGUGCAAGUGGAAGCAUUCCCGCAUCAUGAUGCUGGUCGUCUUUAAAAGCGCCCCCAUCCUUAAACGUACUCUCAUG